UAAAGGUGCUUUAAGGUGCAGGCACGCGCUCUCGGGCUCCUCAGCAUCCUGAGUGAUGGAUCUGAAGCGGAUUAUCGGGCAGUGCGCGCCGCUCUUCUUCCUGGCGGUGACCUUUGACCUGGUGGGGUUCCUCGUGCUGUUGGUGGGCCUGGCCGCGUCCCCGCGCAUUGGAGACCGCGUGUACGGGGAUUUCCUGGCGAUCACCGGCGCCAUCCUCAUGUUCUUCGGCCUGGGGAUGUGGGUCCUGUGGUAUGCGGGGAACCUCGGGGCAGACGGGAAGCGCGCCGGCUUCGGGCGGAUCACCAGGAAACUGACCGAGCGCGUGAGCACGGUGCGGUGGAGAGGAGAGAGCAGGAAAACCCAGCAAGACGAGCAGGAGAUGGAGGAAGAGGAGGUGGAGGUGGGGGAGCAGGAGGAAGAGGAGGUGGAGAAGGUGGAGGUGGGGGAGCAGGAGGAAGAGGAGGUGGAGAAGGUGGAGGUGGGGGAGCAGGAGGAAGAGGAUGAUGGAGGAAAGAGCGAGAAAAAUGCUGCUUACACCAACGAAGCGUACGAACCUACGGAAAACGAGACGGUCUGAGAACAGGUGUGUGUGGAGGAUCCCGGGAGGAUUUGGCGUGGAAAAGAGACAUCGUGUUUAAUUUAUGGUCACUUUAUUUCACUCUGUUUCUGCCAAGACUGCACAACUGUGUGAACUGUACACACACAAACACACACACACACAUAUGAAUGCACACAUAACACACUCUCUCUCUCUCUCUCUCUCUUAAACACACACACACACUGUAUCAGGUACACAUUCUGUCUGUCAGGGGAAGUUUGUGUUUGUUUUCUCCUCUAAAGCUUUUAUUCUCAGAGCUUCAGUGACUGUGUGUGUUGUGUGUGUGUCCUUUAUGUUCUUUGUGUGUGUGUGUUUGUUCUGUGAGUUUUGCUCCAGCGAGAGGAUUUCGCAGUCAAACCGGCCGAGCCUGGAUGCAAACGUGUUUACAUGAGAGAGAGAGAGAGGGAGAGAGGGAGAGAGAGAGAGAGAGAGAGAGAGAGAGAGAGAGAGAGAGAGAGAGAGAGAGAGAGGGAGAGAGAGAGAGCGAGAGAGAGAGAGAGAGAGAGAGAGAGGAAGUGAGAGACAAUAAGUGAGAGUGGUCAGACAGGUUUUAAUGAAAAACUGGUCUUUGGUUUCAGUGUGUUCUGGACAAUCACCAGCGUAGAUGACCUCUCGAUUUCAUCACUCACCUUUUACUCUAUUUCACUUUAUUUAUUUAUUUAUUUGUUUCACUCUGUCACUUUAUUUCAUCACACACACACACUCACAUACACACACUCACACACACACACAACACACACACUCACACAACAUACAAAUCAAUUAUUUAAUUAAAGUGCAAUGACUUGUAUAAAUAUACAGAUGAUUUGUGUAAAUAAAUAAAUAUCUUCUUGUUUACUUAAAAAAAGAAUAAAUAAAUAUAAUUACAGAAAUAUUUCCACUCUGUUUUUUGUGUGUGGGAGUGUGUGUGUGUGUGUGUGGGUGUGUGUGUGUGUGUGAGUGUGUGUGUGUGAGUGAGUGUGUGUGUGUGUGUGUGUGAGUGUCUGUGUGUGUGUAUGUGAGUGUCUGUGUGUGUGUGUGUGUGUGUGUGAGUGAGUGUGUGUGUGUGUGUGUGUGUGAGUGUGUGUGUGUGAGUGUGUGUGUGUGUGAGUGAGUGUGUGUGUGUGUGAGUGUCUGUGUGUGUGUGUAUGUGAGUGUGUGUGUGUGUCUGUGUGUGUGUGAGUGAGUGUGUGUGUGUGUGUGAGUGUGUGUGAGUGUGUGUGUGUGCGUGAGUGUGUGUGUGUGUGUGUGUGUGUGUGUGUGUGUAUAAGUGGCCUCUUACACCCGGGGUAAGAGUGUGGUUUAGAGAGAUGAGAACCUGGGGUAAGAGUGUGGUUUAGAGAGAUGAGAACCUGGGGUAAGAGCAGGGUUUAGAGAGAUGAGAACCUGGGGUAAGAGCAGGGUUUAGAGAGAUGAGAACCUGGGGUAAGAGCAGGGUUUAGAGAGAUGAGAACCUGGGGUAAGAGUGUGGUUUAGAGAGAUGAGAACCCGGGGUAAGAGCAGGGUUUAGAGAGAUGAGAACCUGGGGUAAGAGCAGGGUUUAGAGAGAUGAGAACCUGGGGUAAGAGCAGGGUUUAGAGAGAUGAGAACCUGGAGUAAGAGUGGUGUUAUAAUGAAUCCUUUAGUGUGAUUUCCAGUUAUAUUAAACCCACAGUUUCCAUGAAUCAGCCACAGUGACCCCGAGCUGGAGACCACACUGUAAUCACUGGACUCCUGUUACAGGUCAUAUCCCACUGACCGACAGUCUCCACUGCUCUGUGCUGUGGUUAUUUUGUGGUCCUGCUGCAGCAGACCCUCAGCCUGGACCCAGGGUCUUCCACAGAGAUGCUGGAAUUCCCAUCAUGCACCAGAGGGUUGAUGUUCUGCUUUAUUCCAGCUGCUUUUGUUGUAAUGUUCAGUGUGUUAGAGAUUGUGUUACUCUGGUGUGUCUCAGGUUCUGUUCUUUUACUCCCUUUAUUACACAAUAGUGUGUGUUUCUGUUCUACCACACACACACACACACACACACACACACACACACUUCCCUCGUGACGGAUGUGUGGGUGUGUUGGUGUGUUUGAGCUCAGUUCAGGAUUUAGGAUUGUAAAUCUUCAGGAUUAUCAGUCAGAGACAUUUUUAUAAGUGUUUGUGUGUGUGUGUGUGUUGUGUGUAUGUGUGUGUGUGUGUGUGUUGUGUGUUAACGUGGCAUGAUGUCGUCACACAGGGCGAGGACAGCUCACAGCAGCGUAGCAGUCAGACUCGUUAAUCCAGUGCAGGAAUGCGUGGCGUCUUCGCUCUGUAACCCACACUGAGAUCUCCGAGCGCCGGAGCCAUGGACUGCACCGCGUACGUCGGACGCUGCUUCGGCUUCUUCCUCCUGGCCGUCGUCCUGGACGUGGCCGGUCUCGUCCUGUUCCUGCUCGGCAUCUUUGCGCCGCUCAGCUUCUGGGACUUCUUCGUGCUCUCGGGACCCAUCAUCAUCUUCCUCAGCCUCAUCUUCUGGAUCUUUUGGUACUUAGGGAACCUCAACGUGCCGUACCACCAGCUCCUGGACUGACGGAGUGGACGGAGUGAAAGAGGGGGAAAGAGGGAUUAGGAUAAGACCGAGGGAUUGGGGAUUUGGGGGACUGUCAGAGUUUACCAGCGAAGGGGAGAAAUCAAGCACUUUAGGGGCCCUAUGAAGUGGACAUCACCGUUUAACACAGAGGUGUUUGGGAUCAUCAUGCCAUGUCAGAACCCUCCACCAGAGCUCACACACAGCUCUGUGCUCAUCUCCCCGGGACUCAGUCUGCACUCUGUGCACUUUGUUUAAGGGCGCUUGUUCUGAUAUUGGAACGAGGCCGAGUCGCUCUUACUGAUCCGUGUUUAAAGAUGGAAAUGAAAUAAAUGUGAUUUUAUGGCUGAA